UAUUUCUGCUUGGUAUAAAGUCAUAGCUCACAGAGGCUGCACAAGGGUAUCACAGAAUGAACGGCAACAUGAAGUUCUACAUUCUUCUAGCUCUCAUCGGUGCAGCCCUUGCGGCUUCCGGCAUUCCUGACCGGUGUCGACUGCCAGCCCACCCAGGAUUCUGCAAAAUGCCCCUGCUCAGAUGGUGGUUCAACGCGGAGACAAGCCAGUGCGAAGAGUUCUACUUCGGCGGAUGCAACGGAAACGCAAACAAUUUCGAAACCAAAGAGGCGUGUGAAAAGACCUGCUCGGCAGAUCAAGAUGAAAAUAACCAGAGACAUCGGAGAGCUAUCAGUGACAAGAAGGGCCGUGUAAAUUUAUUCGGACCUGUAUGUCAUAGGCCACCUUCCAGCGGUCCCUGCAGGGCAGCUUUUACCCGAUUCUACUUUGAUGCUGGCUCGAGUUCGUGUCGUACGUUCACCUACGGCGGCUGCAAGAGCAACGGCAACAACUUCAGGACCGCAAGUGAAUGCAUGCAGGCUUGCGGGGGACGGAAGGCGCCGUUUCCGAAGCCACGAUGAGGCAGGGAUCUAGCAAAUCUGAAUGAUACCGGUAGGAGUAAAAAAAAUAAUGAAAAUAUAAUGUGUUAUCACAGUAAAUAUUCAAUGACAUUAAUUUUAACGCUCUCGCUUGGUUUCAGAGAUGUAUGUAUGUGUGCUGAAUAAAAUCGGGAAUGUUGGCUGUCAAUCUCUUUUUAAAGAA